GUGCGGGCGCGCGCCAUGGACGUCGACAGCGUCGAGUGCCUGUCGCUGCCCGACGCCGCCAUGGACGCGGCGGACGACGUCGGCCUCGCCACCCUCCACCCGCACAUCGCCUCCGCCUCCUCCAGGCCCGCCCCGUUCCCCAAUCCCAACGCCAAGGGCGGCGGCGGUGGCGGCGCCGGAGGCAUGGUCGCGCCGGGGAGCAGCGUGCACGAGCUGCUCGAGUGCCCCGUCUGCACCAACUCCAUGUACCCGCCGAUCCACCAGUGCCAAAAUGGACACACUUUGUGUUCCACAUGCAAAGCUAGGGUACAUAAUCGUUGCCCUACUUGCCGACAAGAACUCGGUGAUAUCAGGUGCUUGGCACUGGAGAAAGUAGCUGAAUCGCUUGAGCUUCCCUGUAAGUACUACACCUUGGGGUGCCCAGAGAUCUUCCCAUACUACAGCAAGAUAAAGCAUGAAGCACUGUGCAGCUUUAGACCAUAUAAUUGCCCCUACGCUGGUUCUGAGUGUUCUGUGACCGGUGAUAUCCCUUACCUUGUUAACCAUCUGAGGGAUGACCACAAAGUUGAUAUGCACAGCGGCUGCACAUUCAACCAUAGAUACGUCAAAUCCAACCCAAGAGAAGUCGAAAACGCCACCUGGAUGCUGACGGUGUUUCACUGUUUCGGGCAGUACUUCUGCCUGCACUUUGAGGCCUUCCAGCUUGGGAUGGCACCAGUGUACAUGGCCUUCCUUCGUUUCAUGGGGGAUGAGAAUGAGGCAAGGAACUACAGCUACAGCCUCGAGGUCGGUGCCAAUGGCAGGAAGAUGGUAUGGGAGGGCACCCCCAGGAGUGUCCGGGACAGCCACCGGAAGGUGCGGGACAGCCACGAUGGCCUCCUGAUCCAGAGAAACAUGGCAUUGUUUUUCUCAGGGGGCGACCGGAAGGAGCUGAAGCUGAGGAUCACCGGCCGGAUCUGGAAGGAGCAGCAGACACCGGAUGGCGCCUGCGUACCAAUUCUCUGUAGCUAAGCAACGGACAAUAUUCAAAAAAAAUGGAUCUGAUAUCAUUUGACUGGAUAUCGGCCGUCCUGUUGCCAUACCCUACUGUUUUCGUAUGGUCUGAGGCGACGUUUCACGGUUUUGUCUUUGUUCAGCGAAAUUAGGAGGGUAGGAUGAUCUUGUAAAGUAAACUCUGUAUAUAUGGCAUCCCACACCUUAUUACAGGUUGGCUCAACAA